AGCACAGCGGCUUCCCAUAUAUAUAAAGGGUCCCUCGGUAUCGCCACACUUCGCAUCAUUACCGCCGUAACGUGCGAGCCACUCAAUCUCCGCUCAUUCUUCGUCAUCUGAGACUGACGCUCAAGAAUUUGAACGCGAGGAAACGAGCACCAUGUACGCCAAACGCUGCGCAGCUUUCAUUCUUCUUGUGAUAGCCGGUCUCGUGAGCGCCACUGAAAAUUACAUGGAUUACGGAGAAGAGAUGGCGGAGAAAUCCCCUGCGGAGAACAUUCAUGAACUAUACAGGCUUCUGCUGCAACGCAAUGCACUGGAAAAUGCCUUGGGUGGCAUCCCAUUGGAACACCUGAUGAUUCGGAAAUCGCAGCGAUCGCCAUCGCUACGUCUCCGAUUCGGUCGUUCCGGACCACACGUUUCUGCGGGUGGCCUGCCGAGACCUCUGGGCGCAGCAACAGCGGCGGGAUACGACAACAAUUAAUCGGUGAAGCUGAUCCAGGGACACCUUUCUAAUUCGUUCUUGAUGAAAACGCGACUAUCCUCUCUUGUAUAAAUUAUGUAUACCUUGUCUCGCGCUCUAUUCCACGCGCGCGCGUGUUCGCAAUGUCGGGUUUUUCCACACUCUCGCUCUCUUUACUUAUCCGGAAGCGAAGCGGGGAAAACGAUUUACGUUCGUAUGAUUUGACGAAAUUAAUUAAAGAUGCGCAGGAAUACUUUUUACUGUUCACAAGUCUUACAUGUAUUAAUUAAAUUUAAAACGCCGCAUUCUUGGAGUGCAUCGAUUACUUUUCGUUUGCUUUGCACGAGAUUUCACAGGACGUUCAUGACAUAAAUCAUGGAAAACUUAUUCUCUGAUAUUCUUUGAACAUUCUUGCUUUGUACAAUUGCGCCCAUGCGAAUGUCAACCAGCAUUUUAUCUUGUUCCUUUCGUUAAUUAGUAACAGGGCUAUAAAAGGACACUUGGCCUAAGUCCUUCAUUUGAUGUGGGGUAACAAUCCAGAUGCUUCGAUUGUUACGGACGCAAUUGUUCCUUCGCUUAAUUAUCGCGUAUCAGUCACAGAGACGUGGAAAUACUUUGCGCCCUGUAUACACAAGGUGUCCCAAGUUUUCGGCAGAUCGAGAAUGACAUCGAUUUUCCUCAGCGAAUGUUAAAACGCAACUCUUUAAUUGUCAGUAUUUAAUCUCUCAAUUAGCAAGAGUUUGUUCAAUAAACUGAUUGAUACACCGCACUUUAUUGUCCAUUUGUAUUUUUCAGAUUUGAACAACAUUCAUUGAUUCAGAACUUUUGCUGGUCCAUAAUAAAUAGUUAGAAUUUCCACGGAUUUUUCUUGAAAAAAGGAUAAGAUAACAUUCUUGUCGUAUAUAAAUUCGAUCUGUAAAAUUAUUUGUUAAUUCUGGGACAUGAUAUAAUUUUCAAGUUGGUCUGUUGGUCUAUCGAUCGAUUAAUAGGCGUAGUCUUUCGAUAAAUGUGCCAAAUAAUAUGACCGUUGUAUUAUGGUAAAAAAAAAGAAAAUCUUCAUUGUCUAUAAAACAUAUACAAAGCAGAUUAAGAACACUACAAUAAUUUAAAAGUUUCACGCAUAAUGAGGGCCGAUCAUAAAAAGAAUCUUAGUGUGAGAGUUGAGAUUAUCGACUGAAAUGUAUCUGUGCAAAAUAUGAACUAGUCAUUCGUCGCAAAGAAGAUCGCGUCUCAUAUGUGUGAACAUGUCAAUUUGCAAAAUUAAAAAUAAAUUAUUAUGUAA